CUUCAAGCAAACACUCCUGAUACUACACUCUAAAAAAAUGAAUUGUUCAGGUAAUUUGUAACAUUUAUUUCUUGGCAGUGAAUAUAUUUUAUAUCAGAUCUUUCUUUGGCAACCUGAAAGCAGAUGACAUGGAUAAAAUUAACCAAACAUUUGUAUUAGAAUUUCUUCUUCUGGGUCUUUCUGGAUACCCAAAGAUUGAGAUCAUUUACUUUGUUCUAAUUUUAGUUAUGUAUCUACUGAUUCUAACUGGCAAUGGUGUUCUGAUCAUAGCAAGCAUCUUUGAUUCCCGUCUUCACACUCCCAUGUACUUGUUCCUGGGCAACCUCUCUUUCCUGGAUAUCUGCUAUACAACUUCCUCUGUUCCCUCAACUUUGGAGAGCUUAAUUUCAAAGAAAAGGAACAUUUCCUUCUCUGGAUGUGCAGUGCAGAUGUUCUUUGGGUUUGCAAUGGGGUCAACAGAGUGUUUCCUCCUUGGUAUGAUGGCUUUGGAUCGCUAUGUGGCCAUCUGUAACCCUCUGAGAUACCCCAUCAUCAUGAGCAAGGUGGUGUGCAUACUGAUGGCUUCUGUGUCAUGGCUCUCUGGUGGAAUCAACUCAAUUGUGCAAACAUCUCUUGCCAUGCGAUUGCCUUUCUGUGAGAAUAAUAUUAUCAAUCAUUUCACAUGUGAAAUAUUAGCUGUCCUCAAGCUAGCUUGUGCCGAUAUAUCCCUCAAUACUGUCACCAUGGUGAUAUCAAAUAUGGCUUUCCUAGUUCUUCCACUGCUGGUCAUUUUUUUCUCCUACAUGUUCAUCCUCCUCACCAUCUUGAGAAUGAACUCAGCCACAGGCAGACGCAAGGCCUUUUCCACCUGCUCAGCACAUCUGACAGUGGUAAUCAUAUUUUAUGGUACCAUCUUCUUUAUGUAUGCUAAACCCAGGUCUCAAGACCUCCUUGGGGAAGACAAGUUUCAAACUUCAGACAAGCUCAUUUCUCUGUUUUAUGGGGUAGUGACCCCCAUGCUAAAUCCUGUAAUCUAUAGCUUGAGGAAUAAGGAUGUAAAAACUGCUGUAAAAUAUCUGCUGAACCGAAAACCUGUUCAAUAA